AUGGUGAAGACGGCACAAGCAGCAAGGAAACCCUUGCGCAGGCCCGCGCUCCAUGUCGGGCUCGUCCUGGGAGUUGUGACCGGAACGCAGCUGCUCCAGUCAUUGUGGUGCAUUCGAUCCUGGGUACCCCAAGCAUCACAAAGGCCACCAUUGAGGCCGCGCAAGGCACUGGGCACAGAAUCGGUUGUCAGAGACGUCGCCAACGAUGAGCACUGGCUGUCAUUCAGUAGCAGUGUCGACAUAGAGGGUGCAUCUGCAUCAGAAGCGUACGACAUCUACGCACAUCUGCCGAACCACCCAGAGUGGUCAUCUUUGCUGUCGGAGGUUGAAGUGCACGACAACACUCAGUCAAGCACCUGGUCUCUGCAGGCUCUCGGCUUUAGUUUCUCAUGGACAGCGGACAUCACCCGACAGGUCCCUUCGAAGCUAAUCGCUUGGGAAAGCACCAGCGGCAUGAAGAAUGCGGGCGUUGCGAAGUUCCAAGAGCUGCCUCCUUCUGCUGGAACGCCGGCCUGCCGCGUGACGGUGCAGAUGAGCCUGAGAACCCCGUCCCUUUUGCGACGAGUAUUCCAAUCCCGACGACUGAGCAGCAUGGCAGAAAGCGCCAUCGGGAAG